AUGUGUUCCAGGAGCUUAAGCGCUCAGCCGGUGGUGGCAGCCGCCAGCCCUGGCCUGGAGGAGGGACUAGCCGCCAGCCCUGGCCUGGAGGAGGGACUAGCCGCCAGCCCUGGCCUGGAGGAGGGACUAGCCACCAGCCCUGGCCUGGAGGAGGGACUAGCCGCCAGCCCUGGCCUGGAGGAGGGACUAGCCACCAGCCCUGGCCUGGAGAAGGGACUAGCCGCCAGCCCUGGCCUAGAGGAGGGACUAGCCGCCAGCCCUGGCCUGGAGGAGGGACUAGCCACCAGCUCUGGCCUGGAGGAGGGACUAGCCGCCAGUCCUGGCCUGGAGGAGGGACUAGCCACCAGCCCUGGCCUGGAGGAGGGACUAGCCACCAGCUCUGGCCUGGAGGAGGGACUAGCCGCCAGCCCUGGCCUGGAGGAGGGACUAGCCGCCAGCCCUGGCCUGGAGGAGGGACUAGCCACCAGCCCUGGCCUGGAGGAGGGACUAGCAGCCAACCUGUCCUCUUAA